UAUAUAAUUUCGUCCCUAAUGCGUAAAAACUUGAAAGAGACAAUUGCAACGAGGGAAGUGUUCCCGCCUCGCCAUGGGAAUGGAGCGAGUGCAGUGUUCAUAUCACUCUCAGGAUGAAGCCUUCAAAAUCGGGAAAGAGACGUAUCGGGGGCAGCAAUACAGCCAGAUUUACUUCGCUCGCCUUCAUUUGAUGAGAACUCUCUUGUAUUCAAUCGUUCCCCAUUGGAAACCUAAUUUUCCUGUGUGCACCGUGCUGGGAUUGGAAGAAGGCAAGGAGUGUGUCAUUGUUGGAACCCUCUAUAAACACAUGAAGCUCAAACCUUGCAUCCUUGAUGAGUAUUCUAAGGAGAGAUCAGUGGUUCCACUUGUCAAGCCGCACAACUUCAUGCACCCAGAUGAUCACCUAGUUUUGGAAGAUGAAAGUGGGCGGGUUAAGCUCAGUGGGAAUCCCAUUUCACCGUCUGAAUAUGUAACAGGAAAUGUGGUUGCUUUACUUGGAAAGGAAUCGGGGACUGGUGACUUUUUGGUUCUGGAGGUCCUAGAUGCUGGCUUACCACCACAGAUAGAAUUUCCCAUUAAAUCAAGGGAAGACAAAUAUGUUGUUCUAGUAUCAGGGUUAAGUGUUGGGAGCAGCAACUCUAAUCCUCUUCAGUUUCAGCUUCUCAUUGAUCAUAUUACAGGGCAUUUAGGAGAUGAGAAGGAGCAAAGUAUUGCAUCACAAAUUGCUCAUGUUGUCUUUGCUGGAAAUUCAGUUGAGAUACCUCGCAGACUUCUUAAUGGACAGAAUUUGGCUUCAAAGGAUCUUUCAAAGAUGGCUGAGUCAAUAAAGGAGCUAGAUAUUCUGUUGAGUCAGAUUGCUGCUAGUUUGCCUUUGGAUAUCAUGCCAGGACCCAGUGACCCUUCUAAUUUCUCAUUACCCCAGCAGCCAUUACAUACAUGCCUUUUCCCUGGGUCUUCGGCAUAUAAUACUUUCAGAUCUUGUACAAAUCCUCAUUGUUUUGAGCUUGAUAAUGUCAGGUUUCUUGGGACAUCGGGUCAAAAUAUAGAUGAUCUUGAGAAGUAUUCUGAUGCAAAAGAUAAACUUGAAUUCAUGGAAAGAACAUUAAGAUGGAGGCAUGUGGCACCCACUGCUCCUAAUACUCUUGGAUGUUAUCCUUAUACUGAUAGGGAUCCUUUCUUCAUUGAGAGCUGUCCUCAUGUUUACUUUGUGGGAAAUCAAGAUAAAUUUGAAACUCGUGUCCUAAAGGGAUCUGAAGGGCAGUUAGUGAGACUCAUUUGUGUUCCUAAAUUUUGUGAAUCUGGAGUUGCUGUUAUGCUAAAUCUGAGGGACCUUGAAUGUUACACACUCAGUUUUGGAACUCAGUUCAGCUCAUAACAAUGCAGAAUGAAGUUGUGCUAAUUAAAUCUGUUAGGGGAAGUUUGCUGAUUGUGCUGACGUCGAUGUAUCUUGGGGGACAUAAAGUGAAGAACGGAAAAUUGAAGCUUAAAGUUGAUGAAGGCUGAUUGCGUUUCUUUAGUGUAAUAUAUUUUUGUAGUAUCCUAAUAUAUUGACUGCAAUGUUUAUUUUUCUCAUUAGUUUUCAAUGCAACAUUAUUUACACUUUUA